AUGAAAAUAAUAACGAUUAAAAUAAAACACAUAAACACACAAGCAUAUAUAUAUAUAUAUAUUGAAAGAGGCAGUGAAAUCCAGAGACAAGUCCCACAAGGGGAGAGGGUCGUGUGGAAGCUGCAUAUAUUUAACAGCCCGACAACUGAAAAUAAAUCCCACCUUUUCGUAAAAUGUCGACUACAUUUUCUCCUCCCCAUUAAUUGUUUCUAUUUUGCGUAUAUUGUCCUCUACGAUCCCACGAAAUGGUCGUCCACAUCAUUUAAGUGUAUUUUGUGUGCGUCUGAUUAUGCGUGUACAUGUGUUGCUGAGUCAGUGCACCUUUUUUUCGCCAUGGUGCCGUAUAUUUUUAUUUUGUUUUUCUCUUAG